AUGGGUAUUACUGUUAUUGGGUCGUUAAAUUAUGAUCUUGUUACUUACACAGAUCGUAUUCCGGAGGCUGGGGAAACUUUCAAAGCAAAUUCUUUCGAGACACACACAGGUGGAAAAGGUUUGAACCAGACUGUUGCAAUUUCAAAAUUAAAACAAAUAGAUGCAGGUUAUAAAAUUCAAAUGGUAGGCAAUGUCGGUAAGGAUGCAUUCGGUGAACAAUUGCUAGGCUAUUUGAAAAAGAACAAUGUAGAAACAUCGAAUGUCGGAACUCAAUCUGAUGUAAGUACAGGUGUUGCUACUAUUCUUGUAGAGGAGAAAAUGAGUGGCCAGAAUAGAAUCCUGAUUACAGAGGGUGCUAAUGGGAAGACUACCUAUACCGAUGAUGAACUUGCUAAAAUAUUUAAUAAUGAUGAUGAUAGUGAAUCGAAUCAUAUGAUAGUCUUUCAGCAUGAGAUUCCAGAUCCUGUAUCAAUGAUGAAAUGGUUUAACGCAAACAAGAAAAACUACACAAUUGUUUAUAAUCCGUCACCAUUUCACCCUUUACAAAAAGAGGAUUGGUCAUUAUUCGAUGUUCUAGUAGUCAAUGAAAUUGAAUCUCUUCAGAUUAUCAAAAAUAUUUAUCCACAAAAUUAUGUCGACAUGGUCGAAACAUCUAUCAAAAAUGGUUUUGUUGAGGCAUAUUUCAAGAUUUGUGAAGAACUUCAAAAAAACGUUAUGAACGCAACUAAAUUAGCGAUUGUGAUUAUUACAUUGGGUUCACAAGGUGUUUUAUUUUCUUCUGCAGAAAACCAGACAGUGCAAUAUUUACCUGCGAUCCAAGUAGAAAAAGUUGUUGACACUACAGGUGCUGGUGAUACAUUUUUAGGAGGUGUUGUUACACAGCUAUAUCAAGGUAAAUCUUUGAAGCAAGCUAUUCAAUUUAGUACAUUUGCAAGUUCUUUGACUAUACAAACCCCAGGAGCAGCAGAAAGUAUCCCAUACUAUCCUGAUGUGGUUUCGAACAUGAAUUCAAACCUAAAAUAA